ACGAAAGGGACCUCUGAAGUAUGGCUUUCCAGGUGUAAUAUGCGGCUUACCAUUGCUUUAUUUUGAGAAGGAGCUCUACAAGACCAUCGUUAUUAGCACGCAGAAUAUCUUAUUAUAUUAAUGUAUAGAACCUGCAGUCUAAUGAGUGCGAGUAUAGCUAAGUCUCGCAUAUUAAACGCUAAAUGAAUAGGUCUGUUCCUCAAUAAAGGAACGAAAAACAGAAUUGUUACCGUGGCUUUUGUAUAAAAACAGCCAUAGAAAAUCCUCUGCUUCGGAACGGUCCGACGCUAAAAAGACUCCCAGUAUUCCAACAGUCUCUUAGGCAGUGACUGCUCUUGUGUUGUUUCAUUCAGAAGGACGGCUCUAGAACGGAUGGACGUUGAGAAGGGAAAGAGAUAAGCAUAUUUUCUUUCGUUUUGCUGUUAACAGGACUGUUCGGUUAGUCUACACGACACAGUAAACAACAACUCAACCGCUGUGUCAAAAGAAAAUGUAUGCCUGAGAGCCUGGCUCAAUUCAUUUCGCACGUUUUCUGCACUUAGGAUGGUUUCAGUGUUGUGCCUGAGAGGUGAUGUAAGCUGAGCUUUUGGAUGCGGGUGCACGCCGAGGAGCUGUCCACGCUGUCGAGGUGCUGAUGCGGCUCUGAGAGGACGCUAGUAUGGCUGCCGGGAAGUUGCUGCUCUAUGCCGGUCUUUCCCUCUCUCUGUGCGCCCUCGGAAUGCUGGCCGUGGCUAUCUGCUCCGACCACUGGUACGAGACGGACGCUCGCAGGUACCAGGAACGGUGCCGAAGUUUCUCGAGCCGUCGGAAGGACCCGGGCUUUAUUUACAUCCCCAGUAUUAGCCUCCCUUUGCGCGCAAGUCGCUCCAGUUUGGACCGCUGGGAGGAAAAGCUGCUGCUGGCUCGGAACCGUCGGCAGCUGUUCGCGAUGAGUGCCGCGGACGAAUGCAGCAGGCAGUACAAUUCCACCAACAUGGGGCUUUGGAGCAAAUGCCACCGUCUGGGAUUCAACCAGGAUAUCGAGGAUCUCAUUCGCAAAGGCUCCAUUGCAAGAUGCUCUUACAUCAAGUACCACUACUCCUCAGCCACUAUACCCAAGAAUCUCUCCUACAACAUCACCAAGACCAUCCGGCAGGACGAGUGGCACUCACUCCACCUGCGGCGGAUGACGGCAGGCUUCAUGGGCAUGGCGGUGGCCAUCAUCCUGUUCGGCUGGAUCAUCGGGCUCCUGGGCUGCUGCUGGGACCGCGGCCUCAUGCAGUACGUGGCCGGCCUGCUCUUCCUCAUGGGAGGUACGUUCUGCAUCAUCUCCCUGUGCACCUGCGUCGCUGGCAUCAACUUCGAGCUGUCCCGCUACCCACGCUACCUGUACGGCCUGCCCGAUGAUAUCAGCCACGGCUACGGCUGGUCCAUGUUCUGCGCCUGGGGCGGCCUGGGCCUGUCGCUCAUCGCCGGCUUCUUCUGCACACUGGCCCCCUCCGUCCAGCCCAUCCCCCGCUCCACCUGCCCCAAGUCCCGACAGGAGAACGGCACCGUGUGCUAGAGGAGAAAUACCGCACACACACACACAAUAUAUAUACACACACUUACACACACACACUUUCACACACUUAUACACACACACACCCGCACACACUUACGCUCAAAUUAAAUAGUGAGUUACUAAACAUGCCAUUCCUUCAUCUGCAAACCACGUCUCCAACCAACAUGGCCGCCAACAACAACAAACAAAAAAAAGAAAGAUUUUUUUUUUUGAAAUUAUUAUUAUGUGUAAGUAUAAAAUGAGUGUCAUGAUCUUUGAACAAAUGAAAUGUACUGAAAAGAAAAAGAGAAAAAAAAAAACGACAGACCAAUAUUAAUCAAUGAACUACGGUGGCUGUUCCUGUGCACAGAAACACUGGACUAAAGCUCGUGUUAGGAGCAAGACCCUGCUUCCCUCUAUGGACCAACAUGAAAAUGAAAUGGAACUAAACAAAUGAACUGGAACUCCACAUGGAACGUGGAGGACUCACUGGACUGAAUGGCCUCGGUACUGUAACUCCACGCUCCAUGUUGCCAGGUUGGUGUAGGAACUGAGCAGUGCACCACUGGGUUAAUAAUGAAUAAUGGACAACCACUGGAGGGAGUUCCCCAGCUUUUCUCAAGACCCCGAGUUCUGUUGAUGGUGACUGAUGCAAAAAUGACUCGAUACUGGCGAGUGCAAACGGAUGCCAAACGCAAUGGAAUAUGGAAAAUUCUUGAACUUUAUAGACAAUGAGUACAGGAUUUUUUUGAACGUCUUGGAUAAAAAAUAAAAAAAAAUUAAAUAAACUCUUGACUAGUCAAGAGUUGGAUGAGCAACAAGGACUCUUGGGUGUAAGACCUCUGUAGCAGGUUGUGUUCUUGCACAGAUAUCUCCACCACUGUACAAACUUGUAAAGAAUAGCCUAGGGGCAACAUACAUUUGAGGGGAAAACAUUUUUAUUUGUUUGUUUGGUUCAUUGUAUUCCCAUUCUUCCAGACUGUAUAUGAUUCAGAUAAUGUUGUUUGUCCCCUUUUCACUCAAUACAUAUUUUACUUUUAUUAUCUUUUUUUGCUACAUAUCAAAAGCACCACCAACAGGGACAAAUAUGUUGAGUGUCAGAUUUGCGUGUUUGUGAAUUUCUUAUGUUUUCUUUUUUACUCUUCUCAUAGCUGUUUGUGUGUGUGUGUGAGAGAGAGAGUGUGUGUAUGCGUGUGUUUGUGUGUGUGUGGGAGGUUCACAUCUCUGUGGAAAACAGAAGACAUACCAUAAAAAGAAAAAAAUCUGAAAAUGUAACAGAAACUGGAGUCAGGACCUACCUUGGAGGGGAACGGCAAAGAAAAGUGUGACGUGUUUCCCAACUGUGUGGUGGGAGAGAAGGAAGGAAGGAAGGAAGGAUGAAAGAUGAGAAGAAAGGGAAUAAUAAAGAAAGGAAAGAGAAUGAUGAAGAAAGGAAAGAGGAUGAUGAAGUGGAAAAGGGGUAAAGGAUGAAAGGAAGAAGCUAAGGGAAAGAAACAAAGCUGAAAUAAAAGCGAAGAGCAUAGAUAGAUAGAUAGAUAGAUAAAUAAAUAAAUAAAUAAAUAAAUAAAUAAAGGGAAUAAGAAGGACAUGAAACUAGAAAGACAAAGAGAGCAGUUUGACAGAGAAAAAUAAAAACAGGCCUCACUCUCAGACAACUCUUGUUCCAUCAGUAGAGAGAGAUCCCAUCAGCUUAUGAAAGAGCUCCGGUUCCGUUCAGAGACCCCCCUCAUCUCAUCACUCUUUCAGACAUGUGCAGACUUCUUUUUCUUUACCAGACAUGAGUCAAUCUUACACAGUGGUGGGCUCUAUUAUUAGACACAUUUCACACACACACACACACACACACACACACACACACACCACACAGUGAUCUUCCUUCUGCCUUUCUCUCCACUUCAGUGAUUUAAUUCUCCUUUGCUCCUGUGAACCUGUGAAUUUAUAUUGUGAAAUUGGGACAAAAGCUUUCAUGGCGAGCCAUUCAGUGAAGCACAAGCUUAAUACAAUCCUCUCGCAGUCCUGCUUUCUGCCCACAACCCCACACGUCACAUCCCUUUAUCAGAAAUCUGCUCCUAACGUUUAUUAUGAUCCAGAGUAUUAAGCCCCUGAACCUUACGCAGUGCAGCGCAAACGGCACACCAUCCGAAACGCAUCAGAUGCUUUUAUCAAAAUGUGCACCUCAUCCGACAAAACAAAGCAAAUCAGUGAUUCGAGGCAUUCGAGGAUGAGUUGGUUGUGUAACAUCACAGCCAUUUCAUCAAAUCCUACGUCAGCGGAGGUGAAACGGAGAGGAAGUGUCAUCGCUGCUUUGGCAGAUGAGCAGUGCCCCCCCCAGGUGCCAACUUUAGAGGGAAAACCAAGUACAGUGUACCUCCCCCCUCCCUCCCUCCCCACAGUAGUGUGCACCAUAUUUUUUUGUGAUAUUCGGAAGAUAAACACAGCCCAUUUGAUUUAUUUCAGCAUCUGUUGGUGCCCAGUCAUGCCAUGUCUCUUUCCAUUCACUGCUAGAGAGGAGGAGGAGGAGGAGGAAGGACUCUCUGCGUGCGGGCUCUACUCUCAACAUGCUCAGUGUGUGUCAGAGUAGCCUGGCAACAGUCGCUGACGACACACAGUCACAGCAAAGCAUUUCCAAUGCAGAUUUAAAAGGGUUUAGAGUCGCUAAUUUAUGGGAAGGUGACAACGCUGCAUUACAAAUGUGGUGUGACUGCUAAUGUGAUGGGAUCCAGUGGGUGUGCUUCACCAAAGACACAUGAACGGACUAAUAUGGAUCAGUGAGAAGUUAUUGGUGGCUCUUAAUUUGCACUGUUGUGGUCCAGUUAUUUGAAAGAGAGUGGUGGGGUUACCCGGGAAACUCAAGCUGAUAGCGCAAUUGACCAUGAAAUUGCAUUAACUUCACCAGACACACUUGAGGAGCUUCUAGUUAUAGCUCUCUUCCACACAAUCUGUUCAGCAGGAACCCCAGUAGAUAAGACACUCCUUUUACACUAAUGCAUAAGGCUAAGCUAAAUCAAUGCCAGGGGUGCUCUCCAUUAAAACUCAUCCAACUGCCAGAAUAUGCCUCAUCUUGAUGUUUUUUGAACAAGUGUGAAGACUGUUAGCUCCUGGAAGUAUUCUGCCUUGGAGCACAUGGGAUCUUAUGUAAUGCGUGUCUUCCUUGACACACUUAAUGGCACAGUAUUUAUUCCCAUCCAAGACCAUUACACAAUGCAGCUUGUGCGUAAAGGGGGUCAGUCACUGCUCACACACACACAGAGUUCGCUUUUAUCCGUUGCAGGUAUGAACCAAAACCUACAUUUCACUGGGAUUUAGUUGUGGGUGUGAGUGUGGGCGUGUACCAGAGUUGCAAUUCUGAGUAUAAGGGUGAGCAAUUCUGACUAAUUCUGUACCCCUCCUUUUCUUACCCAUUUCACAAGGCAGAGAAUGAUGUCUUAGAGAAGCACAGCAGUUAAUGACUCAAUCAAAGCACGGGAGUGAUGUAGCAGGAUGCACAUGGCAUGGUGGCCUUGGAGCUAUGCGGUGUGAUUAUUGCAGAUUGACUGAGUGUGUGUGUGUGACAUAACGAGACAGAGAUUCUGAGUAUUACGCCACCUGACUUGUUCCUGAGUCAAUUCCAAUCAGAUGACAGGCAGACGAAAUGUCACAUGAUAAGAGUCUGUAGGGGGGGUCUGGUGCUCCAGUGACCGGUGGGCCUGUUGUUGCUGAAGUGUGAACGGUUGACCGUUUCAUCGCUUUGUCCCAUUCUCAUGGUGUAAAUAGUAUCCAAGGCAGACACACUACAGUGUUUUUAAGAGAUGUUCAAAAAAAUGAAAGAAAAUGAGGAACUAUCAGUCUUUUUCAUCAGUAAUGUGUAUGUUGAGUAAACUUAAAAAAAAAAAAGAUUUAAAAAAUAAACAUGACAAAUGAUGUUUUAAAAAAAAUCUGGAAAUGUUAAAAACUGUGGAAUGUAAAAAAGACAACAUUAUGAAAUAAAAUUCAUUGGUGUGUUUACUUGUAGAGCAUGAGAUCUCGUCUGCUUGUUCAUGUCAUCCACUCAGUUAUCAAUGCAGAAAAUGAAAUCCCAAUGAAAUCAAUCACAGAGAGCAAAUGAACCAGUGUUUUGUUAUCAGCAGUAAUGCGCUUUUAAUGAUCAUACUUUCUAUGAGUUGUAUUGUCUUACCUUACAUGACCUGUUUUACUAUAGGUAAGGAGGGUUGGUUUACCGAGGCUGCCCUUCUGUUUGAAAUUAAAUAAAUGUUCCAGGGUCCCUUGAUCAGCCCUCAAAGUGGCUUACCCUUUCUGAUAUUAAACUUUA